AUGGGAGAGAAUCGUUCCAGGAGGACUCUGUACAUAAGAAACUUGAACAGAAGGCUUCCUAUAAGAGAAGUAAAGAGAAGACUUGGGUUGCUGGUCUCGAGAUUCUCCGGGAUAUCAAAGAUAAAGAUGAGCAACCGGCCUGGACUCCUUGGGCAGGCAUUUGUCCAUCUGGACGGGGAAAUAACCAGCGAGAUUCUGGACAACCUAGAGGGGAGAUUUUUCCUUGGAAAUGUGAUCUCAGCAUGUCCUGCACACGAAGAUAUGUGCAUCGGGAGGAGGAGGAGUACUUCCACCAGGACCUUGCUGGUCACGGACAUACCGCCAUCUGUAACAAGAGAGGAGCUCGAGGGUCUUUUCAGGGGAUUUGGAGGCCUAGAAGGCAUAAGAUUCAUCCGGGUGAAGAACCUUGCUUUUGUAGAUUUCCUUUCUUCCCGGGAGGCAUCUGCCGCAUACUCGCACUUUGGAGAUGGGCUUAUAAGGUGCGGUGCUGGAGAAAUGAGGAUAAUGCCUUCUGCACAGUAG